AUGAUUUUAUCCCUCUCAACUGUGGCCCUUUUCGCCAUAAUUUCCGGCGCCCGCGGGCUUUCGAAGACCAACCACCUCAAGCAUGUCGCGCCAGGCUUUAUCGCCACGGAGGUUGCUAAAGGGGCACACGCCCAUGGCAGAGGGCGCGCCAAGGUGCGCAGCAGCGCGCAGAGCUACGGGUACAACGCGAGCGGCUCGCUAGACGACAAAAUGGACCUCCUGCGCGAGAGAGUUAAAGCAAGAAACAAAGAAGAACCAGAAUUUCUUCAGGCAUUCGAAGAAGUGCUAGCAUCUCUCAAGCCAUUAUUCAAAAAAAACAGUGUGUACCUUGGCGUCUUAGAAAAUAUUGCUGAACCAGAGAGAGUAAUCCAAUUUAGAGUCCCAUGGAUAGACGAUAAAGGAGAGCAUAGAAUAAAUCGAGGAUUUAGAAUCCAAUACAGCUCAGUCCUAGGUCCAUACAAAGGAGGACUCCGUUUCCAUCCCACUGUCAAUUUAAGCAUAAUGAAAUUUUUAGGUUUUGAACAAGUAUUUAAAAAUAGCUUAACGACACUACCUAUGGGUGGUGGCAAAGGUGGUUCUGAUUUUGAUCCAAAAGGGAAGUCCCCAAAUGAGAUACUCUCCUUUUGCAGAUCCUUUAUGACCAACCUGUUUAGGUAUAUUGGUCCGAAUACAGAUGUACCUGCAGGUGAUAUAGGAGUAGGAGGGAGAGAAAUAGGGUACCUUUUUGGACAGUACAAAAAGCUAAGUAAUGCUUUUGAAGGAGUUUUAACAGGGAAGAAUAUAAAAUGGGGUGGAAGUAAUAUCAGGUCGGAAGCUACUGGAUAUGGAGCAGUCUACUUUGCAGAAAAUGCACUAGCCAAAGUUAAUGAGAAUUUGAAAGAUAAACGGUGUGUUGUUAGUGGUAGUGGAAACGUUGCACAGUACUUAGUUGACAAGCUUCUACAAAAAGGAGCGAUCGUUUUAACAAUGAGUGACAGCGAUGGGUACAUCCUUGAACCAAAUGGAUUCACCAAAGAACAGCUAGCUUACGUGAUGGAAUUAAAAAAUAUCAAAAGGGGAAGACUUAGGGAAUAUGCAAACUGGUCCUCUACUUGCAAAUAUGUUGAGAAAGGGAAACCCUGGGAGGUCCCAUGCGACCUUGCCUUCCCUUGUGCAACUCAGAAUGAGAUUAAUCAAAAUGAUGCUGACCUGUUAAUAAAAAAUCAAUGCAAAAUGGUUGUGGAGGGGGCAAAUAUGCCAACUCAUAUUGAGGCCAUGCGUUUAUUCAAGCAAAGCGGAGUUGUUAUUUGUCCCUCCAAGGCAGCCAAUGCUGGGGGGGUGGCUGUCAGCGGACUUGAAAUGAGCCAGAACUCGAUGCGGUUGCAGUGGACCGCGGAGGAGACGGACCGGAAGCUGCAAGCCAUCAUGAGGAACAUCUACGAGCAGUGCGACGGCGCGUCUAGGCUUUACCUCGGCGAGUCUGACCUCGUCGCGGGCGCCAACAUCGCGGGCUUCCUCAAGGUUGCCGAAUCCUUUCUGGAGCAGGGCGGCCUGUGA